CGUACCUUUUAGGCUUUUAUGAUGGGCUCAUCAACAAAUGAGAUUACAAUGGUUAUAGUUGGACGCACUGGUAAUGGAAAGAGUGCAACUGGAAAUAGCAUACUUGGAAGGAAUGCAUUUAAAGCAAGGCGCAGUUCUGGUUCAAUUACAAGGCAUACUGAAAUGCAAACAACUCUUCUACAAGAUGGCAAACGUUUGAAUGUUAUUGACACUCCUGGGCUAUUUGAUUUUACACUUGGACCAGACAUUGUUAGCAAAGAGAUUGUAAAGUGUAUUGAUCUUGCCAAAGAUGGGAUCCAUGCAGUUCUUAUGGUUUACUCUAUUCAAACUCGUUUUUCAGUUGAAGAAAAAGUUGCAUUUCAAACCAUUCAAGACCUUUUUGAUCAAAACAUUGUUAAUUACAUGAUCGUUGUUUUUACCGGUGGAGAUAUGCUAGAAAAAGAUGAGGAGACAUUGCAAGAUUACUUGAUUGGAUGCCCUAAGCCUUUACAGGAAAUUAUGGGGUUAUGUAAAAAUCGAGUUGUGGUUUUUGAUAACAAGAGCAAGGACGAGAAUAAACGAAAUAAACAAAUGCAAAAUCUGCUUUUCGUGGUGAACAAUGUCAUUAAGCAGAAUAAUGGACGACCAUAUACCAACGAACAUUUUGUUAAGUUGCAGGAAGAAACUAAGAUGCAAAAUCAGCAAUUGAAAGAAGCUGAGCAAAAAGGAAUAGCUAAGGAAGUGAUGUCAAAGAUGCAAGCCCAACUUAGGAAAGCAUACGAUAACCAACUUGGACAAAUCAUGGAUAUGGUAAAUUCAAAUCUCGAAGAUUCAAUUUCUAGGAUUAAGAAACAAUUGGAAGAACAGAGAGCUGCACUUGCUGAGGAAAUAAAGGCUGCACGAAUGGUGAGGGGAAAAUCAGAGGCUGAAAUUACAAGGCUUGUGCAGGAAUUAGCAGCAGCCAAGACGGAGAUUGAGCAAUUUGAUAAAAAAAUGAAUUCAAGAUGCGGUUUUAGGUUAAAAUAUGGUCCUCUGGAAAUUAAAAUUAAAUUUUAA